CUAUGAGUGCAGGUGUUAUAUAUCAGUAUAAGUGUACAUUUCAGUUCAGCUAUUGAUGUCUGAUUGUGGGUUGACACCUGGUGAUUUGAUUGGUAAUGCCUUGCACAUUUGUUAGUUGUUCAAAUAAAGACAAGAAAGAAAAAGGCACGCGCUGUCUGCUCGUCCGUUCUUAUCAAAUGAAGGUGAACUGUAUUAUUAAUACAUGACAGUGGCGACGAGAUCAAGCAGUUAAUUUUGAGCACUGUGACACUGAAUAACAGCAGCGAGAACCGCACCGAGUAAGCGGAAAAGCAAGGACCCGACGCGAUAGUGCAACGUGAGUACGAUAAAUUGCAAACAUGUCGUACAUCGGAAAGAUAGAUAUUUUUGAUAGUUCCACGGAAGAUUGGAAUAUGUAUGUUGAAAGGCUGCAACAGUAUUUCGCUGCAAAUGAUAUUCCAGCUGAAAAACACGUUCCUGUGCUACUGAGUGCCAUGGGAGGGAAAGCUUACGGCCUCCUCCGUAGUUUAACUGCCCCAGACAAACCCGCCGAGAAAAGUUUUAACGACUUAGUCCGUGUAAUGCGGGAUCAUUUGUCACCAAAGCCAUUACUGAUCGCGGAACGUUUCAGAUUCCAUAAGCGUAAUCAGAACGAGGGAGAGACAAUUGCGGCUUAUGUGGCAGAACUGAAAAAGUUAUCAGAAUAUUGUCAGUUUGGUGACGGGCUAAACGAUGCAUUGCGUGAUCGUUUGGUUUGUGGAAUCCUUCAAGAGGGAAUCCAGAAGAGGCUGUUAACUGAGGCAGAUUUGACAUUUAAACGAGCAGUAGAAAUUGCUAUUUCAAUGGAAACUGCAGCUAAAGAUGCACUUGAACUACAAAGAGGAGUGAAUACGAGCAGCGUAAAUAAAAUGGCGGCAGCCAAGAUAAACAAAGUACAUAAACGGCCCUGUUAUCGCUGUGGACGCGACUCCCAUCUUCCCUCACAGUGCCGAUUUAAAAUGAAGAGUGCAGACAGUGCCACAAAACGGGCCAUAUUCAAAGAGUUUGUCGUAGUGGAAAGGCAAAGUUUAGUGCGGAACACAAAAUGCAUCACAGCGACAAGAAAAAUGUGCAUAAUGUUGCAGAAGUCUCUGACAUUGAUAGUGAAGAUGCAUUAG